AUGAUCGAACCAAAGAAAACCAUUUAUGUCAAUAAUUUAAAUGAAAAAGUGUCUAUUAAUAAAUUGAAAAAAGAAUUAAAUAAAACAUUUACACCAUAUGGAAAGAUUCUACAAAUUACAGCUUUUAAAACAUUAAAAUUAAAAGGACAAGCAUUUAUAACUUUUGAUAAUAUUGAAAGUGCAAUUAAUUCACUUGAGUUAAAUAAUAUUGAAAUUUUUAAUAAACCAAUUAAGAUAACUUUUGCCAAUUCAAAUUCAGAUAUUGUUGAAUCAGAUGAAAUAAUACGUGAAAGAAAACAAAAUAAAUCAUUGAAAACUUCAAAGAAAAGAAAAUUAGAAGAUAAUGGAAAUAAAGAUAAUAGUAAAUUGAAAACAAAGACAAAGAAGAAAUUAGAUAUGUUAAAUGAAUGGAAAGAAUUACCAUCUAAUCAUAUAUUAUUAUUACAAAAUAUUAAUAAAUUUGAUGAAUUAGAAGAAUUCUUUAAUGAUUUUAAUGGAUUUGAAAAUAUUCGUGUGGUUAAAGUUAAGAAUUUAGCAUUUAUUGAAUUUGAAAAUGAAGAAAUGGCAACUAAUUGUCUUCAACAAGUUAAAGAUGAUCAAUUAAUUCAGUUUGGUCCAGAAGAUGAAGUUUUACUUUCAUUUGCUAAAAAAUGA